AUGUGGAGCGCCCAGUAUUUAGGACAGGAGUUUGUCCGACCUGACCCGAAUCCUGCUUUCAGCCCUCCACCCAUCCAUGUUCCCCCAUAUCGACAGGGAGGUGGUUCCUUCUUUUCUAUGUCUACCCAGGGUGGUAUGUCUCCACGACCUCAUGAUUUGGGAGGAUCUCCUAGAUCACCGAUGCAGUUUGGCACAUUUACAGGUGGUGAUGCUGGUGUUUCCUCUUCUAUGCCUAGUUUUCCUGUAGAUACUGGCUCUGGAUUCGCUGAUUUUGCUGGAGGCUCAGGAGGUUUUGCUGCUGGUGGUUCUGGAUAUGCAGGUGAUCAGUCAGGAGGUGGUUAUGGUGGCUCUGGCUCAGGAGCGGGAGAUGCAUCGGAGCAGGCUACUCGCUAG